GCGAAGCAUCGUUCAGAGAGCGUGCGAUGACCUCUUUGGAUAUCGAGCGAUGGAUCAACAGGGGCGGGAUCAGGCGGGAGAUCCCACCACGAGCUCUGGCGGCGAUAUGCGAAGACGCGGUGUCUUCUCUUCUAUCGUCGCCUUUUACCGCAACGACAAUGAGGGACGUCGAGUUUGUAGCGCCGGCAUGGGAGAAGCGUGUUCGCUCCGCUCUGGCUUCGCGGCUGGAGGAUGCUGGAGCUGCAUCCUCAAGAAAUGUCCCCGAGGUAUUGCAUGAAUGGCUGUCCAAGGAAGUACAUGAUAACAUCGCGGAGCUCCGAUGCACGGGAAUCGUCUUCGGCUCCCUCACGGAUGGCGAUGAUGAUGCCAAGGCGUACGAUGACCAUUACCGUCAUCCGUACCCCACGUUCCGGCACUACCAGAAAGAGACUUCGUACGCGCGUCUCGUCGCCCCGUUCCGCGGUCGUGAGCACCUGCGCUGGGUUCCACUCAGUGUGAUGGACAAGGGGUACCACCCCAUCGUCCUACCGUUUGGACGAAGGCGCGAGCAUAUCGGUCUCUUCCGUCAACUGGACAGCGAGGACGAGAACGACGGCGUUCUCUUGACCCUUUCGGAAGAUCUACGUCCGGUCGAGACAGCCUGCACGAACGACAUCAAGAACGAGGAAACGGGGUUGCACGUCCUGGCGUCGACAUCUGCGGAUGCUGCGAUUUACUGGGUCACGAGGACCACCAAGCUUGUGCACGCUCUCCGCCCUGAGCAGAAGCGACGUAUCGCCGUUUCGUGCGCGAAAGGCGCAUUCAUCGCAUGUACGUGCGGUUUUGAAUGGGAUGACUAGGUGUUUGCCAGCUCGUCUUGAUCCUCCUCGGAUCCGGUGGGUAUGUAUACUUGACGAAUAUGUUCACGUUGCAUGCACGACUUGAUGUCAUUACAAUCGAGUUUCUGGAUCACAAGUUGGCUGCCUGCUGGAAAAU